AUGGCUGACGAAGAACACACCUUUGAUACCGUUAACGCCGGUGCUUCCCAGACCUACCCCAUCCAGUGCUCCGCUCUGCGAAAGAACGGUCACGUCGUGAUCAAGGGCCGACCCUGCAAGAUCAUUGACAUGUCCACCUCCAAGACUGGUAAGCACGGUCACGCCAAGGUCCACCUUGUCGCCACCGAUAUCUUCACCAACAAGAAGCUUGAGGAUCUGUCCCCCUCCACCCACAACAUGGAGGUCCCCAACGUCAAGCGAGAGGAGUUCCAGCUCAUCGACAUUGAUGAUGGUUUCCUGUCUCUCUUCACCGCCGACGGUUCCACCAAGGACGAUGUCCCUCUUCCCGAGGGUGAGAUCGGAGACAAGAUCCAGACCGAGUUCGACGAGGGCAAGGAUCUCAUUGUCACUGUCAUCUCUGCCAUGGGCGAGGAGGCCGUCAUCUCCUACAAGGAGGCCCCCAAGGGUAACUAA